AUGAAACCCUUGUUAGUUCCAGCCCUUUUGGUUGCUCUGGUGCAACUUUCUCAGAGCUUCCCCAUCUGGUACCACAGGGGCUGGUUGCGACUGCUCAGAGAAGGGGACAGCUGUGGCACGUGCAAGUCAGAACUGUGCUCCGUGCCGACGAACUGUCGCGCGGGAACAGUGUUGGACUCUUGUGGGUGCUGUCCCGAGUGUGCAAACUUAGAAGGGCAAAUUUGCGACUUGGACGCGAGGAGUAAUUUCUACGGCCUCUGCGGAGACAACCUGGAGUGCCGGCUGGACACUGAGGACAUUAAAUUUGGAGAAAUUCCCGAACCGCAGUGCGUGUGUACAUCCCAGGAAAGUGUUUGCGGACCUGAAGGGAAGACCUAUGAGAACAUCUGCCAGUUCCAUGAAGCUUAUGCGGAGAAGGGGAAAAACAGGACCAUAAAGCAUACAGGACCCUGUGAAUCAGCUCCUGUUAUUUCUCUGCCGCCUCAAGAUACCCAGAACUCCACAGGAAAUGAUGUCAUUUUUGGUUGCGAGGUGUCUGCGUAUCCCAUGCCACACCUUGAGUGGAAGAAGAAAGGAAACAAAAUGUUCUUGCCAGGAGACGAUGCUCAUAUUUCAAUCCAGGCAAGAGGUGGCCCCCAAAAAUACAGCGUAACCGGAUGGUUACAAAUUCAAGGAAUCAAAAAGUCAGACGAAGGUGUCUACAUAUGCCAAACGAAAAACAAAUAUGGGUUUGCCUAUUCAUCUGCUAGGCUGGAAGUUAUUGAUGAUUCACUCCCAGCAUUUCAGAAAUCUCCUGGCAGCCAGAUGACCACCAGUAAUACAGAUUAUGGAGAUUAUUUUGAUCCUUCUGAAGAUGAGGAAGAGCCAGAAUAUGAAUCUGGAGACUAUGAAAAAUGA